AUGGACUUCAUCAAGAACGUUGUAUCGCAGAUUACAUCCACCAACCUCAACACAAGCGUCAAGGCGUUCAAGUCCUUGAUCGAGAGCGACCCCAAGCUCUACAAGCUUACCACAGAAAUGUUCACGCAAACCCGCCCGGGAGAUCCAGCCAUCCCUAGCAACCUCGCUACCUUCAUCGUCCAGUUAAACAGUCUUGUUCGAAGUGCGCCCGUAUUUUCUACCGAACGCUGGGCCAGCAGCCCCUUGACCAGGUUCAUCGAGCCAUACAUUCGCACGCCAUCCGGGUACGAAUUCUUCCUCAACGCAAAGGUCAACAAUGCCUUCCAUGACAUCCUCAAGGACUGGGGCAAAUUUCUCUGCGGCCCAGAAUCAGCAGCCGUCCUAACCAGCGAGCCUAAUGGCUGGUUCAGCCCCGACGCUCUCGCCAACAUGCGCGACUUCGAGAAAACGUUUGUAUGCGACUCAAGCAAGCCCCACUGGGGUUUCAAUUCCUGGGAGAAAUUCUUCAACAGAGAGCUCCGUCAGGGUGCCCGACCAAUUGCGGAGCCAGACAACCCCGGUGUCGUUUCUGCUGCUGUCGAUGGAGUCACCCAUAAAUUCGCUACCAAUAUUAAAGAUGAGUACUGGCUUAAGAAUCAACCCUACUCACUCGAAGACAUGCUCGAUGGAGAUCCGAUCGCGGGGCAAUUUGUCGGCGGUACGGUUCUCCAGGUAUACCUUGAGCCUACUGGCUACCAUCGGUGGCAUGCGCCCGUCUCGGGAAUUAUCGUCAGAACUCUGGAGAUCCCUGGGGUAUUCUGCCCUGCUCAACGGGAUAGUACAAGUCUGGAUAACUGGGUUUCCGAAUCCCAGGGCUACGCCGUGCACACGGCUACUCGACACCUGAUCGUCAUUGAGACUGAGGAUAAAGUGGUCGUGUGCUGCUUGUUUGCGGGGAUACUGGAACGUGGCUCGUGCGAGACGACGGUGCUACCUGGGGAUUAUGUGGAAAAGGGUCAGGAGCUUGGGAUGUUCCAUUUUGGGGGGAGUACGCAUUGUCUCAUUUUUGAACCGCGGGUCAGGGUUGAUUGGAAGGAUACGGAAAAUAUGAAGGUUGGACAGGAGAUAAGCCGGAUAUCUCUGGGGAAUAUCAGUGGGGUAUCUGAGUGA